AAGCCAGCUUCUCUGCCAUUCAAAUGGCGCCUUACGUCAAAUGAACGUCAUCCAAUAAUGUGAAAUUUCCGUUGAAGCAAUUCAAAGUCGCACCGUUUAACGUUUUUGUCUCGACCUUUGAAAAUAGAUAAGAUGACGAGAAAGAGAAAAUCCAAGACGGAUUGCAGGGGCAAAGUCCCCACCAAAAAACUCCGGUCGUCCUGCUACUUCGACGACCUACCCCAAGAAAUCAUAGUGCACAUAUUCUCCUUCCUGCCGGGCAUCGAAAUAUCCAAGAACAUAUCCCUCGUGUGCAAGAAGUGGAACGAGAUUGCAGGGACUCCUUCUUUGUGGAAAUCCAUCCAGGCGGAUCAGCAAGUCCCCACUAGUAUCCUGCUGAAAUGGCUUCAGAAUUCUCCCCUUCUUCAGGAAAUCCAUUUGUCGCACAGGAACGACACCGACGAGAUUGUUCGGGCCAUCGGGAGAUGCUCCAGGAACCUCCAGUUCAUAAAGAUCGUCGAUUGUUGGGGUUCCAAGAAGAGCAUGUGCAUCAGGAGCAAGAACCUCUGCGAUCUGCUGAAGAAAUGUCGUAGAUUGGACACUUUUCACUUCAGUGGCGUCAAAAUACUCUCUUGUAAAUUUUUCCAGUUGCUAUCAACCAGGAAAUGUUGCGGGCGUAAAAAGAAAUCUUGCAGUUACUACGGUCCGGUGAACAGUAAACAGAUGAAGGCCCUGUUGGAAUCGCUGAGUAAAACUGAAGUUUACGGAGGAGCCUCAGUGGCUGCGGCCAAGAAGAAGAUCUUUAUUGAUCUCGAUAAUAACAGUAUGAACAACUUCGAGAGCCUUUGGAGAGACAUCGUGAGCGAUGGGGGUGUUAUUAAUGAGGUUGACGAUGCUACAGAUGCUAAUCUGUAGUGAGAUACACUGAAUAUGUGAGUCCGUUCUAAAUUUAAGAGAAAAACAUGUUGUUUCGAUUGUUCUUGAUGUAUUACAAAUGGAAAAUAGUUCUGCUAUUGGAACUCUUAGAAAUUCUUGUGGUGACAGUGUUUAAUUUGUGGAUUAUAUUCGGAAACGUUUUGUUGUCAUUGUGUUCUAUUAUGGAAUUGGAAGAGGUAAAGAGUACCAGCAACAAUUGUGGAUUAAUUCUAUAUAAUAUUU